AUGCUGCUGCCCACUAAACCCAGCAGUAAACCCAGCAGUAAACCCAGCGCUCUGCCCACUAAACCCAGCAGUAAACCCAGCACUCUGCCCAGUAAACCCAGCACUAAACCCAGCAGUAAACCCAGCAGUAAACCCAGCGCUCUGCCCACUAAACCCAGCACUAAACCCAGCAGUAAACCCAGCGCUCUGCCCACUAAACCCAGCAGUAAACCCAGCACUCUGCCCACUAAACCCAGCGCUCUUAAACCCAGCACUAAACCCAGCAGUAAACCCAGCGCUCUGCCCACUAAACCCAGCAGUAAACCCAGCAGUAAACCCAGCGCUCUGCCCACUAAACCCAGCAGUAAACCCAGCAGUAAACCCAGCGCUCUGCCCAAUAAACCCAGCAGUAAACCCAGCAGUAAACCCAGCGCUCUGCCCACUAAACCCAGCAGUAAACCCAGCAGUAAACCCAGCAGUAAACCCAGCGCUCUGCCCAAUAAACCCAGCACAGAAAAACCCAGCUGUAAACCCAGCACUCUGCCCACUAAACCCAGCAGUAAACCCAGCACUCUGCCCACUAAACCCAGCAGUAAACUCAGCGCUCUGCCCAGUAAACCCAGCAGUAAACCCAGCAGUAAACCCAGCGCUCUGCCCACUAAACCCAGCAGUAAACCCAGCAGUAAACCCAGCAGUAAACCCAGCACUCUGCCCACUAAACCCAGCAGUAAACCCAGCACUCUGCCCAGUAAACCCAGCAGUAAACCCAGCGCUCUGCCCAGUAAACCCAGCAGUAAACCCAGCAGUAAACCCAGCGCUCUGCCCAAUAAACCCAGCAGUAAACCCAGCAAAAAACCCAGCUGUAAACCCAGCACUCUGCCCACUAAACCCAGCAGUAAACCCAGCACUCUGCCCAGUAAACCCAUCAGUAAACCCAGCGCUCUGCCCAGUAAACCCAGCAGUAAACCCAGCAGUAAACCCAGCGCUCUGCCCACUAAACCCAGCAGUAAACCCAGCAGUAAACCCAGCGCUCUGCCCACUAAACCCAGCACUAAACCCAGCGCUCUGCCCAGUAAACCCAGCAGUAAACCCAGCACUCUGCCCACUAAACCCAGCGCUCUGUCCAGUCCCAUGCUGCUGACCACUAAACCCAUCUCCGGCCUGUGUGACAGGGGCUCAUUAAAAGAGACGUGUGAUAGUGUGUGCUUUUAA